CGUUUCAGAUAGCCUGUACUGUCUUUCUUGUACGGAGAGCGUAUCUCCCAGACACUGUCAUCAGAUUCAGAAGUGUGAUGUCGGAGAAACUUGUUUCACCCGAAAGUACACCACAAUAAACGGAGUGACAGUUUACGACAGCAGCUGUACCCAUCAAUCAAUGUGUCCAGACAAUAUUAGCACGACACCGGCCGGCGACCCUCUGUCUGUCACGAACAAUUCAGAUUGCGUUGAAUGUUGCCAGACGGAUGCGUGUAACAGCCAUGGUUGCGGAUCACAGGAUUAUCCUGCCAUACGAGGUCCCCUAUGCUUUAACUGUGGACAGAUUUCCGACCCUACGCUGUGUCACAGAGCAGUUGUAUGCGCUCCUGAUCAGGUCUGUCAUAUUCAAGAAAAUAACGAGUUUGGCGAUACUUUUUAUACAACAAGCUGUAUUAAUAAACAUGAAUGUAACAUUGGAAGUGGUUCAAUCUUUGGAAAGAGAUCCGAGAAAAGUGUAUGUAACCACUGCUGCUCAACAGAUCUCUGUAACAAUAAAUGUGGAGACGGAAUUCAGAUCAGCACUAUUCCAAUUUGA